AUAGGUACUAUCGCCAAACAAAAUACUUUCUCUCCCUCUCUCUUAUCCCUUCUUUUAUGUAUCUAGUACUUAUGCCGUUUACAUCAAGUCCAUGAAUAUCAAAUGAUAAACGAAAAUUAUCAGCAAGUAUUUCUUCUAACAUCUAUUAUAAUUUUCGGCUAAAGCAAUUAAUAGUUUUCUUAUUUGUUAUUAAUUGGUGGUUCAUGAGUAUCGAAUAUACUUAUCGGCAUUGUCAAAUCUUUGCCUGCCAUAUAACCUGAUUUAAAUUUCAUUAAUGUUAAGAAGAAAUUACAUGAAAAGAGCCCAAUUAUAACAAAAUAAUAAUAAAUAAAGAUAAUUUUCGAAUAAUCGUGUCACCAACAAAUAGAGAACAUUAUGGCAACAAAUUGAUCUCGUAAUUAAAAAUAAAUAGAAGAAGAACUAUACAAAGAAAUUUAUUUUGUUACUUGGUUUUUUUAAUUUAAAAGACACAAACGUUGCUUUCGAUGCAACAUUAUGCAGUUAAUAAAGUAACGUGACAACAUAUCUUACGUCAAUUUCUUCUUAUAUUUUUUUUCUAUGUUUUUUUACAAUUUUGCACGCAUAUAAAAUACGAUAAAUAUUAUAUAAAUAUCAAAUAUAAGACACCAUGUUUCAGAAAGAUGGAGUCAGACUGCGUCAAAAUACUUCACGCAGCUUCUUGGAUAAUAAUUCAGAAGAGAAUAGAAUUAUUUUUAAGAGAAAAGAUAUACUGCCAAAUGAAACUCCACAUUUAUUUUUUGUCCUUACUUUUUUUCUAUUUUUAUCCUUCAUUAUUAUUGUGUUAGAGAAAAAUUUACCAGAACCUUGUACGAUAGAAAAUGAAAAACUUUAUCCUAAUAGAUUUAUUGCUGAAAGAGCUCGUAAUCACAUAAAAAAUCUUACAUCUAUUGGUCCACGAAUUGUUGGAAGUUAUGAGAAUGAAGUAUUAGCUGUUAAAUAUUUAAAAACGACAAUUAAUGAAAUAAUCAAUAAUACGCAUGAAAGUCAUAGAAUUACACUUGAUAUUACUAAGCAUAGUGGAUCAUUUCCAUUGAAAUUUUUAGACGGCAUGACAAAUGUAUAUAGAAAUGUUCAAAAUGUUAUUGUUAAACUUGGGCCAUAUAAUCCAGCAAGAUAUAGUAUUUUGAUAAAUUGUCAUUUUGAUACCUUUCCGGAGAGUCCAGGUGGUUCCGAUGAUGCUGCUGGAUGUGCUGUGAUGUUAGAAAUAUUACGCGUAAUGGCUUACAGUCCACAAUUUUUGAAGCAUAAUAUUGUUUUUUUAUUUAAUGGAGCAGAGGAAAAUUUAUUAGAGGCUUCACAUGGUUUUAUAACACAACACCCUUGGGCUAAGGAGAUUAAAACUUUUAUAAACUUGGAAGCAUGUGGUGCAGGUGGUAGAGAAUUAUUGUUUCAAGCUGGUCCUAAUAGUCCAUGGAUUUUGGAGAUUUAUUCUAAAUCAGUUCCAUAUCCAUAUGCAUCAUCCUUGGCGCAAGAAAUAUUCGUAAGUGGCAUUGUUCCUGGAGAUACUGAUUUCCGAAUAUUCCGAGAUUUUGGAAAUCUUUCUGGUGUAGAUUUUGCUUGGUCAACCAAUGGCUAUGUUUAUCAUACAAAGUUUGAUACAGUCGAUCAAAUUCCACUAGGAUCUUUGCAGAGAACUGGAGAUAAUAUUCUUGCUUUUUGUCGAGGAAUAAUGCUAGAAAAUUUUCCAUUUAUAACGUCAAAUGCAGUAGCAAAUAUUGUAUUUUUUGAUUUUUUGGGUGCAUUCGUAAUCAGAUGGCCAUUAUAUAUUGCAAGCAUAAUAAAUAUUUUUUCUAUUUGUAUAGGAAUAUAUUCUGUAUAUAUGAAUAUGCAAAGUGCUCGUAAAGAUGUAAAGAAGUUCACAUAUCUAAAGCAUUUAUUAAUUUGUGUCGCUGUUAUUGUUAGUUCGUGGCUCUUAUCAUUGUUUACAUGUACAACGAUUGCACAAAUUCUUACGAAAUUAGGAAAAGUAAUGAGUUGGUAUGUAAGACCAGCAUGGCUAUUCUUUUUAUAUGUUUGUCCAACUGUUUUUACCUCAAUGAUUUUAUUCUUGUACAUUGGAACUCGACAGAAAAAGGAAAUAAAUUCUAUGUGGAUUCUAUAUCAAAUAUAUUGCGAUGCAUAUUCUGUUAUGUGGAUGGCAAUCCUUUUCUUAUGUGUUUUACUUAAGAUAAGCUCUGGUUUUAUACCAUUGCAUUGGGUUUUUUUCUCUGCUAUUGGAAACAUAUUACGUCUUAAUUAUUUCUACAAAUGGAGAGGCUGGAAAUGGCUUUGUUACCACAUAGGAAUGCUUACUUUACCCUACACGCAAUUAUUUUAUUUAACACUCGGUGCUUUGUAUCUUUUUAUUCCCAUAAUGGGACGUUCUGGUGGUGGUCUUAACUCUGAGAUUGUUAUGGCUAAUAUAUUGUCUUUAUUAUUUUGUUUGUUAUUUAGUUUUACGAUGCCAAUAGUAAUCCUAAUAAAGAAUGCAGAACGGAUUAUAAGCGUAUUAAUAGGAAUAUUUUUAAUAGCAAUAGGCAUAUUAAUUUUAACACCUCUUGGUUUCCCUUAUAGCGGUAAUCCAUUAUCUCCUGCGCCACAACGUUUUAUGAUAGCGCACACACAAAGACAAUAUUACAAUGUUGAUGGUAGUCUAAGAUAUUCUGGAACAGGAUAUUGGCUGGUUGAUUUAGAUAUGAAUAGUCCUCACAGUGUACAAUCUAUGGUACCAGAAGUUAAUGCUGCCAUACCAACGAUCAAGGAUUGUGAGAAUGAGCUAUAUUGUGGUUUACCAUAUUUAAUGCCCGUUACAACAUUUUUAUGGAAGACUAGUUGGAUACCAGGACCUGCACCAUUUAUAAAUGUUCCAACUAAAUUAGAUCUUAUAUCAAAAAUAAUGAAACAUAAUGUUACAACUUUUACCUUUAAUGUAACAGGUCCAGAUCACAUAGGUAUAAUUAUUUCUCCGUACAAAAAUGUCCAGUUAAGAAAGUGGAGUAUAUCAGACAAUGAGCCAUUGAAAGGUCCUAUGUGGAAUGGCAGAGAAACUUAUUUUAUUUAUUAUUCUUGUGCUUCUGAUUGUAUUCCUUAUACAUUUUCUCUCGAAUUACAUGCACCUACAUUAGAAAACGUUCCUUCUUUAUCAAUUGCCCUGGCUGGUCAUACAUUGCAUGGAAAAUACCAGAAAUCUUUGAAAUUUAAAGAAUUUUUGAAUCAGUUUCCACCAUGGACUGUUAUAACACCAUGGACUGCAACAUACACUUCCUACGAAUUUUAAUGGAUCUAAACUCCUCUAGUGUACCGAAUUAAUUGUUUUUUUUUCAAGAAAAAAAAACAAAAAUCAUAAUUAUUUAUAUGAUUAAAAAGCGAGGUACGAUAUGGCAAUAUCAUAGUGCAGAAAAUGCAUUUAUCUAAAUUUUUCGGUCUAGAUCAAAUAAAUGCCUAAUAAUAUUUGAGCAUAAUUUCAUAGUUUAUGUAUUAGUUAAUAAUUAAAAUGUUUUAAUUGAAAAUAGAGUUUAUAAUCUUUAUCGUUUUAAUUGUUGUUAUAAUAUUUUUAAAUUUAUCUUUAAUAAUCUAUCAAAGAGUGUAAGGUAUAUCAAAGGUGAAAUAAGUUAAAAUAAAUAAAAAUUGAUCAUAAAAUUAAAUUAUCUUUAUAUUCGUAACUAUAUUUGGAUGUUAAAUUAUUAACAACAAAUCAGCAGUAAAGAAAGAAUUUUAAACAUAUAUUGCGAUAAGUUAAUAAACAAUACCAUCACGUUAAUAGACAUCUUGUUCAUAAAUAGUUGUAAGAUUUUUGCAAAAAAAUAUUGUAGCGCUUAACGACGACGGCACAAAAUGUAUGUAAAAUGGUCUCGUAUAUUUAUUUACUUAUUAUAUUAUAUUGCACAUUUGAAUUAUUUUGAAUAUCAGAAUAAUUUGAAUGCGUUAAUACACGACAUACUGCGUUAUAAAUUGUGUUGUAAAUCGUAUUGUAAAAUAGGAGAUAGGAAGUGAUAUUUGAAGUCUCUCUUGUUUUGUAAGAGACGUGCCAAUAUUGAUACAUAUUAUACGGAAUAUUAUAAAGUUAAA